AUGUACGAAUUCCAUCGUGAGGUGAAGCUGAACCAGGGAGCCGGAGGAUCUUUUUCGAACAACAUUUCUGUACAUUAUCACGAGGGCAAAAAUAUCACUUAUGGAUCGGUGUCGCAUAGAAGUACGGUCAGCGUCUUCACGUGGGACCUGAAGCUCGAAAAUAUCACACAAGAAAACUGGCCGGUCCGCGAUGUAAAUACCGAUAGGCAAUGUAUGGUAAUUCAGGCAAAAUUCGUACACCCAAGCUGUCGGACAAAUCCGCUUCUCGUGAUGGCCACAAAUACAGGAGCUAUGGUAUACUGUGCCAAAUCGCAGAAAUUGUUGGCCUGGAAUCCGCUGGAUAUUGCUAUGUCCGAGGUCUUGGUAUGCAACGAAUCGACCCUCUUUACAAAAGGGAUCACAUGGGUGGACAAUACGGUGCUUGUCGGAUCGUACACUGGCGAGAUUCUGGUGUUCCAGUGCAGCGGAGAGAAUAGUGUCAAUGUGAAGAAGCCGUUGAUGGAGCACCGAGAGCCGAUCUGCGACCUGGCCACCUGCCGAUUUGACGACCUGACCUGUUCGGCGGACAUGGGCGGAACUGUGAUUGUAUGGGGCACGAAGUGCAAGAGCGCGGCGAAGAAGAUUAGCACCGAACAGCCCAUCAACGCGAUCAACGUCUUGAGAAAGCAGUGCAUAGUCGGGACGAUUCGAGGGAAAAUGCUGCUCUACGCUACCCAGAACGGCGCAUUAAUGGCAGAGAUAGACUGUCACUGCCGGGCAGUUACACAGAUUUCCGUGGCUCCGGAAAGCGCCUAUAUACUAACCGGUGGGGAAGACGGGACUUACCGGAUAUUCAAGUUACAUACAAGGAAACCGGACGCAUAUCAGGUAGAAUGGCGUCACUCAGACUCGAUCCCCGACGAGAUGCUCUCCGGAUGCCAAUUUACGAAUGGUAGAGGCUCAGGAAUCGUUUUUGUAUCGUAUGACCAUGGCGGGGUGCUCUUCUACCGUAUUGCCAAGAAGGGAAGACCAGAGGAUAAAGACGAAAAGCCUCCAGUUCGAGAAGUUCAAGAAGAGCCGGAAGCUCCCCCCGCCUUCGGAGGCAUAGAUCAAAGUGAUGGAAUGGAGGGGUGCUCGGGGGCCGGCCACUCGAUGUCCCCAUUCGAGCUGUGCGCCCACGACGAUAUCGCCUCGGCAAUUGCUGUUGACCCGGUGCUCGGCUUUCGCACUCAUAAGAUGAACAUUGCCUUCGUCCCCCUCUCCGCGCGGGAACAACUCCGCUGCAAGCAGAUCAUCAAGGAGUUCAGGGACGACGGGAAUUUCAGCAAAUGCGUUCAGCUUUUGAAUGAGGCCAGAAUUUCUGAGGUAACGAAGCCACUUUCCAGGAAUAAGUUGGACCGGAUCGAGGCCCUAAUGGGGGUAAUCGGGGAGAUGAACAAGGACGAGGAGGUGCAACUUUUGAAGAAGGACCUGAACGACUUCUCCGUUAUGUACAGUACUAGGAGGAGAAGAGCUCAACUGUGGCUAGGCCCCGGCUCCUACAUCAACCAUGAUUGCACCCCGAAUUGCAAAUUCGUGCCUAGUGUCUUCGAAAUGGAGACGGACCAACUUAUCGCGCGGUUACGACCUCGAAUCCUGGCGACACCAAAGGUCGAAAUACCCCCGCCGCCAGAAAUCCUGCUGGACUUGAGCCCGAAAAAGAAGAAUGGCAAGCACGGCCCGGAACUGAUUGUCGAGCAGAUCAAGGAGCUAGCAAAGCCCUUGAUAAAGAAGAAAAACGGCGUGCAUAAAGUCAAGCGGAAACCUCGGCCUCGGAUCAACCACACCGGCCCCAACUUUGACCUGUACUUGCCCAGGAUGUUGGCAGUCCCAGAGCCAAAAGAAGGCCAACGAUACUCUAAAAGAAUACGAGGCGUCGACCCAAACAGCGCCCAACAAAAAGCCCUCAAGUCCCAAGCAGAACCCGAGCCCGAGCCCGAGCCUGAAACCUGCCGACAAGUCGAACGGAUCCCGUCUAUGGACGAGGCGAUCAUGAUGGGGCCUGUCGAACAGGAAUACCUGUCGGAAGCGGAGGAGCAGCCGGAGUUCGACCCGGAAAUGCCGGUCCUCUGUCCGGAAGUGACACCACCGCAUCGGGGCCAUGAUUUUUACAAUGCAAUUCAGGAAUCCCCCACAACACCAACGAUAAACGGCCAUCACCCCUCAUCAGAUUUGGCCUCUUCCAGCUCAGCACCCCGGUUUUUCGAU